AAUUCAAAAUACAAAAUAACAAAAUCAAGAAGCUUGAUUAAAACGUAGUGAUUUAUAUAGUUUCUACCAUAAGCCUGUGUAUUAUUAUAAUCUUUGAUCAUUAAUUUUAGCUAAUGAAAAUAAGAUUGAAGGUAUUUUUUGUUAGUUAAUAGGUUAAAUAAGCAUUGGCUGAGACUUAUGUAAAUACGUGUGAAUAUUAAUCUACUAUGGCAGAUGAUGAUGAAGUUGCUGAAGAAGCAGAGGUGGUAGCUAAUAGUGGGACGGAAAGUGUAACGGGACUCAGCCCUAUUGAGACAGAAAAGCCACUUGCACCCCCUAAGUAUGAAAUUCGUCCAGGACUUGGUGAAAAAUUCCAGUGUCAGAAUGUACGAGACAUUAUCAGCUCUACAAUGAAGGAACAAUUGAUGGGUCGGCAGUACCGGGCAGACCAAGCGCCGAAAUGGGCGAAGUUGAUUGCAAACGCUGUGCGUCAGAGGGUGCAGGAACUUGAUAUGAAUAGGUACAAAAUUCUAGUACAAUCAACUAUAAUAGAAAUGAAAGGAGCCGGAGUAAAGUGUGCGCAACGGUGCAUCUGGGAUCCAGAGACGGAUGACUACGUAGGUGAUUUAUAUAGGAACGAUACGAUGUUAUGUUACACAAUCGUAUAUGGAGUUUAUAUAUACUGAACGUGAUAGUAUUUGUGACGAAUUGGUUGCAAAUACUUUUACUAGUAAAUAAAAAUAAAGUGCACUUGUAUGUUAAGAUAUCAUCUCAUGUUACGUUAUGACGAUGAUAAUGGAGUUCCUCUGGUUGUUUUCUUUUUUAGACAGAACAUUUGAGUUUUUUUUAUACUAGCAAUGAUGACAAACGAGUACACACUAAACCUGAUGGUAUAUGGAAGCUGUGGAUUUAGAAUAAAAAAAUGCGUUGUCACCCUUGUCAAGAUUGUAUACCUAGUUACCGGGAAAAAGGAUUUUCAGUUUCCGUCGCCCACCACAUGAAAUACAGCAGGAUCAAGUUGCAAUUUAAUGUUGACACGUGGUCGUGUUCCUUUUCCGGUCAAGUUUGCAGCCACAAUACACCAGCAGCAUGACCGUACCACGUAUGAAGUUGUGGCGUCACAACGGUUAAGCACAUGUUUAUAUAAAUACGGUUUGAGAGGAUUGUGAAGUGCCUAUAAGCGGCGCGAGUAGAUAUUUUCAAAAAUGCUAUCUAUUUCAUACCACUCGCUCCAUAUUGCCGUAUCGUGCGAUAGAGAGUUGCAAGUUUUGGAGGCAAUUGCAUACAUUUGUUUUUUGACCUAUUGUUUCGGGCAAUAACAUUUUCACCUUCACGAAAUGAGACAUUUUUCUCCUUUUAAAUAAAAACGUACGUACCUAGUUUUUCAUUAUAUCUACAUUUCCUAGAAUAUGAAAAUUUACGAGUACAGUUUCACAAUCCUUUUAACAGAAUUAGAGAUAUAUGCAUUAGAGGAGAAGGAGGGAGAAAUCUUGAAAUGAGAAAAUAAAAUAUUGCUCCUUAUAUAUUGAAUUUUUACAAAAUAGUCAUUUGAUGUUUGUACCGUAAAAUGGGGUGAAUAGAAAGGAUUUCAACUUUUGAAUCGAAAUUUCAGUAUGUUUUUAGCAAAUUCCGAAGGUAGCAGUCAUCAUGUCUUGUGAGUUAAAGUGUCAUAAACUGUUUUCAAUGAAAGAUUAACUUAAUUUUCUCGUCAUUUAUUUAAUAAAUUACAAUAUCUGCGCGUUUUCUAUUUACCCGCGAUAUGGGUGAAUGGAGUCGAAAAGGGGGUCAAUAGAAAAAAAUGCUAGGGUUGUCAAAAUUUAUUUAUGUAUGUACCUAGAACAUAUACCUAUAAAUUAUAUAUUGUAUUGAUAGAAUCAGGCGUUACUUUGCGGAAAUCCAUUAUCCGCUAAGCUUAGCGGUCAGCCGCCGUAGAGUCUAUAUUACCUGAGGAUGCCUCGUGUAGAGGCGAAACACGUGUCGUAUUAUCGUCGAUGGUGUGUCUUGCCUGGAAUAGUGGUGUUGAGAGUAGUGGUGCUUGGUCUAGUGGUGACGGAGUUAGUGUAUGCAAUUGAGGGAGGGCGGGAGGUGCGCUUCAAUCCAGGUAAGACACAUCAUUUUAUAUGUUUAGCGGAAAGUUGCAAAGAAAUUUAUAUUUUUAUUUUUUAUUAUAUAUUGUAGUACCAUUAACUUUAAAAAAAUAGAACAGGGAUAGUAAAUUAUAUUUUUAUGCAAACAAUUAGGGCCAAUCACCCACACAAUUUUUUUUUUAAUAAACAUAACAGUGAAUUUUACCAAAAAAUUAUGUUUAGUACGUCAGCUAGAUUAUCAAAACAUAUUGUAACAACGUGUUUUUAUUUUGUCACUUAAAUAAAAAAUGAGGAUGAUACAACGCCUUUAAACUUCGGAUGAUGUCACAAGAUAGUACAACAAAAUCCCCACUCCAGAGCGCUUUAAUGCGCUUUACCAAUGUCAAGUUUUAUUAAUUUAAGGAAGCAAAAGAUACGUGGCUAACGUUUUUUGAUGAUCUAACUGACGGGACUAAAUAUAAAGAACUUAUAAAGUGAAAAAUUCUUUCUAUAUACGUACUUGUGUAAUGCAAAAGAAUCUAAAUAAAAUCAACUAAAAACAAAACCUAUGUGAUUUAACAUAAUAAUCAUAAAAUAAAGUUAAUAUUUUUAUUAAUCAUAUUACGUACGUAAGUAAUUAUUAUAAUAUUAUUUGGAGCAUUCCGAAUUUAUAUUUAAAUAUUAUCAUCUAGUAAGUCUCUUAGUAUAGCCUCAUCGUCUUUAUAAUAUUUGCUCGGUCUUGCAGUCUUCUUUAAAAUUAUUAAAGGCGCUUCAGGGGAAACAUUUUUGUACUUUUGAUCAUACGUAAUAUUCUUGCGAGUUUCUAAAAAGUUUUUAUUUUCUAUUAUCUUUAUUUUUUCUCUUUUCAUCUUCGGUAAAGUUUCAGUUAUAACUUCUGCCACAGAAUAUUCUUCUUCGUUAUUUCCUAACGAACAGUUUGAUUCACCAGCAUGAUCAGACUGACUGACGUUGUUUAGACCGGUUUCUGUAUUUUCAGCUUCUGCUGUAGAGUUUAUUAUUAUUAUAUCACUUAGUGGACAGUUUUCAAUAGUUAGUUCUCCUCCACAUUCCAAGUCAUUUUCAAAAUAUACAGGCAUAUCUAAAACACUGUCAUUGAGGUCUAUAAUAUCAUUUCGUUUGUCUGUAAAUGCAUUGCCUGUGCCCAUAUUUUCCUCCAUCAACAUGCUUGCCUUCCUUUUUGUCUUUUUACCGAUCCCUUUUCCUUUAAUACUUUUGUUUAAGUUUGUUGUUUCUUUAGGCAAUAGAUUUUCUUUUUCCACUGAAUUAUCUGGCUUUUUUAUUUUUCUUUGUGGUUUUGAUGUACUCGGACCCGGUGUUACUUCGGAGUCAACAUAAUCCUCAGUAGAUUCGCUAACACUCUUUCCUGCCACCACGUCGAGUUUUCGCUUUCUUUUUAAUUCUUUUACGCCCAUAGUACCAUAUCGCAUGUCAUUUAGUAAAGUUAGUACAGACUCAUCCACUGCUUCCCUAUGUCUACUGCUAUUGUUCGAUUGUGUUGGUAUUCGAGAUAGCACUUGUGUAGGGUCUAAAGGAUAGAUACCAGUUUUUUUAAAACCAGCUUUUAAAUUAGACUCAGCAUUUUCUUGUAUUGCCUCCAUUAAUUUCUUCAGUAAUUUAGGGAAGCAACCUUUUGGCACACUUGUCUCAUUGCUGCCAUCUGUCUUUUUCCACUUAAGAAGUAUUUGCCGCCAAGCUGCCUUCAUGGGCCUAAAAAAGGCUACAUCGAGAGGGUGAGUUAUGUGUGUUGAAUUACUUGGUAAAAAUACAAAAUCAAUUUGCUGUUCUUUGCAAAGUUUUAUCAUAUCGACCGACAAGUGUGAAGAUAAAUUAUCACCUAUUAGCAGCUUUUUUCCCGGCUUAUCAGCAAAGAAGGGUAUGACGAUGGAUUGCACCCAAUCUUCAAAAAUUGUACCAUCGAACCAUCCUGAUGCCGAACGAUUAUACCUUGCACCUUUAGGCCCGUGAGAAAUCCAUGUAUUAUAUAAAUUUUGUGCUUUGUAUACCACGUAUGGUGGUAAAAUCUGGCCCUCUGCUGACCCAGCUAUCAUUAAGGAAACACUGGCCUUUGUGUGGUUCAUGACACGUUCUGGAUACUUAGUGCCGCGUUUCGUAAUAAUUUUUCUGCGCCCUGGAUCGUCAGCGAGAUUUGUCUCGUCAUAAUUGACGAUAUUUGCCGCUGGAACAUCGGCCAAAGAUAUUUGUAGUUCUUCAAAAUAUUUUGUUAUGGUUUCUGCUGACACGGCAGCUCGAGAUCUCUUAAUAUUUUGGCAUAUUCGUUGAGAAAUUUUAUCUUUAUGUCUAUUUAAAAAACAUUGGAUGAAAUCAGGCCCAGGGAAAUUAUUUUUGAAUCGCUUAUGAGUAAUCCCAAGCUUAUCCAGAUACAUUUUAACAAUAUAUCUUAAGUCUAGUGAGUCCAGUGGAUAGCCCCAUUCUGCGCAAACGUUUAUGUAUUUGAUGAUAUAUUCUUCAGUUGUCAACGAAAGUGCCCUUUGCCCACCUUGCGAUUUUACUAGUCCUUUGCUGUGGCGAUACAAAACUGAUGGGUGUAUAUUGUGUUUGAUAGCUACAGUUUUUAUCGAAUCAUUACCCAUUAAAUAAUCUUCUACCGCUUGCUUAAGAACAUUUUCGUCAUACCUUUUAUAGCGCUUGCCUCCAGGUUCAGGUUUAUAAAUGCGCGGCAUUGUCCAAAAUAAUCUGAACAAACAAAAUAAACAUUUAUUUUCAAUACGAAUGAAAAUAUAAACAUUAACUAACUAUUUCAUAAAACUACAGUCACUAGGUACCUACAAUCUUCCAUAAGUACAAAAAAGUAUCAGGUAUAAUUUUGUGUAGCAGCCCUAGCAAUGACAAUUCUAAUCACCCCAGUCGUAUUGCUACUCACCCCUCGUGCACUUCUAUUCAGACUUUACGCGCUUCUAUUUACCCCAUACCUCGAUUCUAUCCACCCCUCAGGCGUCUUCUAUUCACCCCAAACUUAUUCAAUUUAUAGGUAGCAUAACUUUUGGACUUAUUUAGAACAGAAAUCAUGCUCAAUUUGACUUACCUUUGAGUUUUCUUAAUAGUUAAGUAACUAACACUUUGCAUAAAUUCGUAUUGAUGUCUGAAUUCAAUCGUAGUAACGAACAGAAAUAAAAGUUUUACGCUUCUCAAAUUCACAACCGUUACUUGAUCACUUUGAGACAUUAUUUUUCGCAUUUAUGAACAACUUCACUAUCAUGACGAUGUUGCCAUAACACAAUCAAUGUUGCCGUAUAUAAAAAAAUCAAAUGUAGCUAAUUUCAUUGAGCACUGUGAGAGCAAUAAUGCAACGAACUAAGUUUCGCUUUUUGUUCUAUUCCCCCCUUAAAUUCUAUUCACCCCAUUUUACGGUAUUUAAAAUCUUUAGGAGAAUUAUGUUACAAUUUUUAAAUUUAACGACGUUAAAAAUUAAUUAACUAAGAUCUGCAUAAAAAUACAAAGAAAAUUAGGCGUUUUGCCUAGUUUGAAGAGCACCGCCCUCAACCGCGUGCACUAUCUCUGUCACCAUCCCAUCACCGGAGUAGUGGUGAUGGGAUGGUGAAUGGGGAUAGGUAAGACACUUCAUUUAUUUUAUUUUUUAUGCAGAUCUUGCCCAAUUAAUUUUUGACAUCUUUAAUAUAAUGGAUUUUCGCAAAGUAUCGCCUGAUCCUAUUAAUUAAUGUUAUAACGUAUAAUUUAUCGUAAUAAAUUUCUUUAAAGAUACUGUUUGUUAUUUAAAAAAAUACUAAAUUGUCAACUGUACAUUCAGGUGUUUUGGUUCGUUUGUAUUAACUGACUAUUGUACUUUGGCCUAUUUUACAUUUAAUGAUGCAAUAUAGAUUUGGUAUGUGAGUUUUUAGCUUUGAACUGUUACCCUUAAAAAUAUUCGAAACAUUGAAAUUUGAUAAGGAUGUGAAAAAUUUCACAAAAAUAAAUUUUUAAAUCAU